AUGCGUCACUUAAUAAACCUCGCCAACAUUAGUAGUAGUACAAGACUUGUCGGUACCGUCGCUUCAAAGAAGAUGGAAAAGACUGGUGUCUUGUUGGUCCCUAGAUAUCACUGGAAUACAAAAUAUGGUGUUAUGAUCCGUAAACAUAAAAAGAUAUUCUAUCAUGAUGAAACUAAUGAAACCGAUGUUGGUGAUAUUAUUCAAAUUAUGCAUAAUGGACAAAAGAUUAGUAAGAACAAAUCAUUCGUUUAUGACAAUAUGAUUGUUAAGAACGUCGUUGCUAGUGGAUUGAAACAACAAGCACUCGAUGCUGAACAAGCACAAAAACUGCUGUUACAAAUUGAACAACAACUUCUCACUGAAAAUCCAGUUAAGGUUAAGAUUAACCAAGAAAGAUCCUCAUCUGAAUAAUCCCAAUAAUUUUGUGUGUAGAAUAAUAAUAAUGAAAUUUUUAUAUAACUUUCCAAACAAUUUUAGUAAUUGAAUUGGUUCCACAAUUCAUUUGUAGAAUCAAAUCAUUCCUCUUUCCUUUACGCUUAUUUUCAAUAAAUUCCAAUGCUGGUUAUU